AAUGGCUGUGUAGGGGAGCAGGGAGUCAUGAACGCGAGAAGAAAGAAAGAGCGAGAGAAAGAAGGCGAAGCAAGUAGUGAGCACAGGCUCUGCUAGAAGUUUAACGCACCUCGAGAAGCUAUCGUCCGCUGAUACGAGCCUACACGGACUCUGGCUGCCACUUUUAAGGGUCAAAGCGCCGCAGCCGAAAGUGAGAAGAGUCAAGAAAUAUCCGCGGGUUGGUCAUAAUCCCAGUCCAUGUUGGAGCGUGAGAGAACGGAGGAGGAUUAGAGUCCUUCCCACCCUGCCGCUCAUCCUCCAAUCAGACCACUUCAACUGACCGUUGGGAGCCAACGACGCAGGGCCCUCGGCUGGCAGAGUCUUUGACCAGGCUGCCUCAGUAGCACCCAGCCAGCAGGUUUUCGCUGCUUGAAAGAGCAUGUUGCCAACGCUCUCCCUGUGCUCCAUCAUCUGGCUCAACCGGGGUAUCAAGCUGAGGAAAGUGCACCAGUCCACCAACACCGGUCAGGUCUGAAAGCGCUGCCACCACAGUCGUAACAGCAGCAGAACGUGACCUUAUCAACUUUUGAAAAUGCUUCUAAGCUUCGGGUGACUGUCCCUCCUCCCCUCAUCCCCCUGACCCCUGAGCCACCAAACCAACACCAGAGUUUAGUGACUCAACAGCCUUUUUGGUUUCCGAGGAGGACUUCUGUAUAGCCGAACCCUGUUGUUGCAGCGGGACUCGGGCUGCACCAUCUAAUCCUCUCUUCGGUGGCCAUUUUGAUUUUUGCCUCCGCAACAAAAUGGCGGCAGAAGGUUUUCAGUACCUCGCCCUCUACGCAUUUACCAAGGACCAGGAAGAGGACUUGGAUCUGCAGCCUGGAGACCUUCUGACAGUCAGCAAGGCCUCUCUGCUGUCAAUGGAGAACUACCAGGAGGGCUGUGUGGAGCAGCCCGAGCGCCUCGGCUGGCUCCUCGGGUACAACGAGCGCACCAAACAAAGAGGCGACUUCCCAGGGACGUACGUCGAGUAUGUGGGGCCCGUCAAGAUGGCGCUGCCAUCAAGUCAACCCAGAUCCCAGCGACCCCUCCCUGCUGCUCCAAGACCAGAUUCAUCUCAAACUGUUUCUGUGCCGGACCUGAGCGAGCAGUUCACACCGCCAGAGACGGCUCCCCCAGCCCUCGUCAGCCUGAUCCAAGCCAUAGAGAAAAGAGGUCUGGACUGCAAGACCUUGUACAGGACAACUGAUUCCUCAGGUUCAGACAGCCCAGUGUCCAGCCUGGUCUCUGAGAGUGACACGGGUCAGCAAGAUGUGGGUCCCAUAUCUGAGUGUGUCUUGCGCUACCUGCGAGACCUCCCGUCACCCAUCAUCCCUGCCUGUAUCUACCCUCACCUUCAAACGGCUGUCACACUGCAGCAGCAGGUCUUUCAGCAGUCAGCAGAUGGUGCAGUCGCUGGAAGCCAUGACAGAGAGGUAAGCCUGGUCCUCGAGAGCUCCACCACCGUCCCUCUCCAUCACCGUCUCACCCUGCAGUACCUCCUCACACACCUGGCCAAGGUCACCCAGGCGCAGGCCAGCAAUGGCCUGGACACACACACGCUGGGACAGAUCUUCGGACCGCUGCUGAUGCGGACUGACCCCUCGACCCCUUGGUUGUCAUUGGAUGAGGAGUUCCCUGGCCUUGUGAUGGAGAGGCUGCUGAUAGAGAGAACCACAGAUCAAGACCUCACUCCUCCAGUUCUUCCAGCAAAGCCAGUCAAGUCAAAAAUGGCCCCAUCAGCCAUGACAGACACAAGCGGCCUACUGACUGAUGCUGAGUGGUACUGGGGAGAAAUCUCCAGAGAGGAGGUGAAUGAGAAACUGCGAGACACUCCAGAUGGCACCUUUCUGGUCCGAGAUGCCUCCAGUAAACUGGAGGGCGAGUACACUCUCACUCUCAGGAAGGGAGGGAAUAACAAGCUUAUAAAGAUUUACCACCGAGACGGGAGGUACGGCUUCUCAGAGCCUCUUACCUUCCUAUCUGUAGUGGAGCUCAUCAACCACUACCGCCACGAGUCCCUGGCUCAAUACAAUGCCAAGCUGGACACCAAGCUUCUGUACCCUGUCUCCAAAUACCAGCAGUUGGUGAAGGAGAACAGCAUAGAGGAGGUGGGAGAGCAGUUGAAGGUGUAUCACGAGCAGUACCAGGAGAAGAGCCGCGAGUACGACUCUCUGUACGAGGAGUACACACGCACCUCACAGGAGCUGCAGAUGAAGCGCACAGCCAUCGAGGCCUUCAAUGAGACCAUCAAGAUCUUUGAGGAGCAGUUUGAGACUCAGGAGCGCUACAGCAGAGAGUCUUUGGAGCGAUUCCAACGGGAGGGCAACGAGAAAGAGAUUCAGAAGAUCCAGAGCAACUCCGAGCGUUUGAAGUCCCGUGUGAAGGAGAUCCACGACAGCAAGCGUAAGCUGGAGCAGGACCUGAGAGAGCAGGUCUCUGACAACAGAGAGAUCGACAAGAAGAUGAACAGCCUCAAGCCAGAUCUCAUGCAGCUCCGCAAAAUCAGAGACCAGUACUUGAUAUGGCUGACACAGAAGGGGACGAGGCAGAAGAGGAUCAAUGAGUGGCUGGGCAUAAAGAAUGAUGCUGAUGACUCCUACUCACUGGAGGAGGAUGAGGGCUCACCUCACCACGAUGAGUGUACCUGGUAUGUGGGUGACAUCAAACGCACCCAGGCCGAGGAAAUGCUGAGAGGCAAAUGUGACGGGACCUUCCUCAUCCGUGAGAGCCAAUCACAGAAGGGCUCCUACGCCUGUUCUGUAGUUGUGGAGGGUGACACCAAGCACUGCGUCAUCUACAAGACGGCCACAGGCUUUGGAUUUGCCGAGCCCUACAAUCUGUACUCGUCCCUCAAAGACCUGGUGCUCCACUACAAAAACGUCUCCUUGGUCCAACACAACGACCAGCUGAAUGUAAAUCUUGCCUAUCCAGUCCUGGCCCGCUCUCAGAACCAGAACCAGCACCCCAGAUGAAUUAUCCACCAGCAGCGUAGGAUGCCAACCAGGGUGGGGAAACUACAUUUUCACUCAUAUGCAUUGGGGAAAGAAUGAACCUCUGAACAAUACUUGCUGUCUAAGUGGCGAUAAAAAAAAAUAAACUUUACAGCCACAAUUUGAAAUUCAUACGUUUUUGGCUGGAGGCUGGUGCUAAUUUCCCACACAGACCCCAGUCCAGCAAAGAGCACUCCUUGCUAACAGCAUGGCUUCAAAAUAAGCACAGUACUACCGUUAACGAAGCACUGUACAGUUAGCCUGGCUGAUGCAGAGAGUUUUAACUUGAGGAGAGAGUCCCAUUAGCCAGCCAUGACUCUACAGUGUCAGUUAUUAAAAAAGUGUGAGAGAUUCACAAAGAAAAUACCUUUGAUACAGAGAAAAAAACAGACUAAAUGUGUCAAAAGAAGACAAAAUAAGCACACAAAAAUUGUUUUUCAACAUCGUGGCAAAGAGGAGAGAAACCAGCUGGAGGGAUGAUGGGAAAAUUUACAGGAGGUGCUUGUGUUUUUUUUUUUUGUUUUUUUUUUGCCUGGAACACGUGAUAACUGUCCACAGACAAAGGCCCGAUCUGUCAUCCCCAGACUGCCUGCGAACUCUCCGUCGACAAAAGCCUGAGCUGUCAUCCGCUGAAAGGACUGGCUUGGCUGAACCAGGCUGCUCGCUUCACACCUAAAGGCGUCUGAGCAACCGAGGACCAGGGGGGUGU